AUGGCGGCCUCAAUUAUCCGCCCAGAGCGCGGCCAAAUCUCUGGCCAGGCAAAAAUAGACCUCUUGUUAGUUGGAGAUGUCACUGUUCAGUACUUGGCAGAUAUUGCACAGAAAUCCUUUUCAAAUAUGGCAAAAGUCACCAUAACCAUCAGGGAUGUGGGGCAGGCAGCCACACUUCUGAAGGACCACCCCUUUGACAUGGUUUUCCUGAAGAUGACUUCUUUACCAACGGCCGAGGAGCUGGGAGCUAUCAAAUUAAUUAGAUUUGGCAAGAAGAAAAAUACGCAUUUGCUGUUUGUUUUUAUCACCCCUGAAAAUUUUAAAGGUUGUGUUUCAGGGCAUGGAGCCGACAUUACUUUAAGUGAGCCACUGACCAUCGAGAAAAUGAGUAUUGUGGUAAAAUACUGGAAAAUCUAUUUCUCAAGUACUGUUAAGAAUGAAUAUGCUGUGAAGCCUGAAGAACCGGGAUUGCCCCAGCAGAAGUCCUGCAGUGAACAAUUGGGAUAUUUUUCUACUGAUCUAUUUGCUUGCUCUGAAUCUCUAAGAAAUGACACUGGGUUUGAAUUAAAGGCUCCGUUGCCAGAUUUUGAGAAAAGCAAAAAGAUUUCUCUUCUUCAUUCAAGCAAGGAAAAGCUGAGAAGAGAACGAAUCAAGUAUUGCUGUGAGCAACUGCGUACUCUGUUGCCAUAUAUAAAGGGAAGAAAGAAUGACUCGGCUUCGAUUCUUGAGGCAACAGUUGAUUAUGUGAAGUACAUCCGGGAGAAAAUCCCUCCAGCCAUUAUGGGCCAGAUUACAGAAGUACUUCAGAGCAAUAGGAGGUUUUGUAAGAAACAGCAGAUGUCCAUCCAGCUAUCCCUUCCAGCCACGAUCAUGGCACAAAGGGAAAAUGGUGUGUUGACAAGCACUUACUCACCUGUCAGAGGGAUCAGAUUCCUGGCUAAUAAGUGCUUGAAUGUGUACUCUGUUCCUGCCUCAGGGGGCUCCUUGGAUGAAGCCGUGACAGGUCAGUCCAGCUCCACUUCAGAGGAUGCAAUUGGUGAUAUGUAUAAAACUCGAAUUCCCAGCAAAGCUCUCUCCCUUAAUUCCUUCCAUGCUGUCAGAUACUAUUCUAAAGUCAUCCCUUCCUAUGAUGCAGCUGCCGUAACAAAUCAGAACAUUUCAGUUCAUUUUCCAUCAGCUGUGCCCAGAGUCUCAAAGUUUCUUCCUCAGCACUGCAAUUCUGUGCUGGGCCAGACGUGCACAACGCAUCCCAACUGUCUGCAACAGUUUUGGGCAUAUUAA